AAAUUACUGAAGAAUUGAAAUUUAAAAUGAAAUCCGAACGAUUACAAUUCAUCAAAACACACGGAUACCUUUCCCACAAUAGAUCCGGAACUCGACCAGCAACAACCAACGAUAAUGAUUAUACAAAAUCACCAUAUUAUGUUGAAAUAGCAAUGUAUCUAUAUCUGAUGACAAAGAGACAAAUGGACUAUCAGGUAUGGACUCCAUCGAUCCAAUACUUUAAAGAAGAAAUAUUCGAAAAAUAUAUACCAAAAUAUUUAGAAGAAUGGACUAUAAAAGGAAAGAUUACCAAUAAUCGUAUUAAAGAACAAUUUCCUAAUCAGGAAAUUUUUGAAGAAUACAAAACACUGUAUGACAGUGAUAAACAAAACAAUUUGGCCGAAAAACCGAAUUACCUGUGA